AUGACAGGUGAUUCAGAUUCAAAAUAUGCUGGCGAUGGGCGUCAGCCGCACGUGUCAAUGGAGAAAGUCGACGCUCAUUCGCCGCCCGAGACUUGCCAACUUGUGACUCAAUCAGGCAUCGCUAAAGCCGGGCUUCCAUGGGCAGACCUGAUCAUCAAGUCCUUUUUCGGUGGCAUCUUUAUCUCACUCGGAUCACUGUUCGAUCUUGUCGUCGCCGGUGGAGCUCCCGGUCUGCGCGAAGCGAACGCAUCUUUCAUCACCCUUCUGGCCGCCUUCACAUUCCCAAUCGGAUCCGUACUCGUCAUUCUCACCAACGUUGAACUUGUAACGAGUAAUAUGUCAGUUAUGAUGUACACGAAUUUGCAAAGAAAGACGAGUCUAUACGACCUCGCAAAGAACUGGGUUGUUUGUUACAUCUUCAACCUGGGGGGUUGUCUCUUUUCUACAGGUGUUUUUGGCUUGGUGGAGCGAUACGUUGAACUUGGAAGCGAUGUCGUCGUAUGCCGUUACACAAGCCGAAUAAAGAGUCAACAUCAAUUGGUGGUUCAACUUCACGAGAGGGAUCGGCUGCAAUUGGCUCGUGGGCUUGGCGGUGACAACCUCUCCAAGAUCGUUGGUAUCUGGAUCCCCAUCUGGGCCUUCGUGGCACUGGGCUACCAGCACUCCGUGGCCAAUUUCUUUCUCAUCCCGAUUGGAAUGUUUUACGGCGCAAACUUUGGUGUUGGCAAGUUCAUCUACCAGUCUACCAUCCCUGUCACGUUGGGGAAUAUUGUUGGCGGUGCUGUCAUGAAGGGCGCUUUCCUAUGGUUCUUAUACGGGCGUGAUGAUACAUUGGCUACACAGACUGGGCAACUUCUGAGUGGAGAAAGGGAGAGUCGAGAAAGGCAUGUGGCCUAUAGCUCUGGAUCUGAGGAGGAGACAGUAACAACUGGGAACCACGGGAGAAGCAGACGAGACGAUAAUAUGGUUUAA